UGAUUUCGUAAUACACAGAGUUUUAAUGCUUUUUGUCUACAUUCUACAGUCCUUUUCCUACAUGUAAUAAUCCUCAUCGUCCCCGUUUAUCAAUACAUUCUUAGCAAAAUUGUUCUUUUGUUUCAACAGCGCCAGUUGAACUUCUGCGCAGUCCUAACGUGAUCGAUGAGAAUAAGUCAGACUUUUUCUAAACCGGACCUCUGCAAACAGCUUUUCGGGCUUUGAUACCAGCUAGACCGUAUCAGCUGUAUGUUUGCCUCUUGGCGAUAAAAUCCUGCCAAGGAGUCUGCACAGCUGACGUAAUCGGCGAUUGAUAGCGCCGACGAAGUACCCAGUCAGUUGGAAGAGCGCCUUCGACAAUAGGAAACGAUUUUCUGGACAUUGUUGGUUGGUUUGCGGCGAGAUGGGUGACCAGGUUAACGGUGUUAUUUCACAAGUGGAGAAGCUGCAAGUGGAGGACGAGGGAGCGGGAGACCCUAUGGACGAGCAGACUGUGACACCGUGGUCGGUGCAGACCAGUUCGGCGGCCGGUGUUGACUACAAUAAGCUUAUUCGGCAGUUCGGAAGUCAGCCAGUCGAGGAUGCACUUUUGGAUAAAUUCGAGAAAGUGACAGGAAAACCGAUGCCACAUUUGUUGCGUCGAAAAAUUUUUUUCUCCCACAGAGAUUUGGAUCAGAUUCUGAAUGUUUACGCUAGUGGAAAACCGUUCUAUCUUUACACUGGUCGCGGACCGUCGUCGGAUGCAAUGCACUUAGGCCAUUUGAUCCCUUUUAUUUUUACAAAGCAGUUGCAGGAUCUCUUCGAUAUUCCUCUGGUCAUUCAGUUAACAGACGAUGAAAAGUUUUUGUGGAAGGAUCUGUCGCUGGAGAAGGCGAACGAACUGGCAUAUGAAAAUGCAAAAGACAUUAUUGCAGUUGGAUUCGACAUGGAGAAAACCUUUAUUUUCAGUGAUCUGGAUUUUAUGGCACAAUGUCCAAGUUUCUACCGGAACAUAUUAAGAGUUCAGAAAGCUGUGACAUAUAGUCAAGCCAAGGGUGUUUUUGGAUUUAUCCCCGAUGAUCACAUUGGCAAAGUGGGAUUUCCGGCAAUACAAGCUGUUCCAUCCUUCUGCUCGACGUUUCCUUUCAUCUUUGGCGAGCGGAAAGACAUCCCGUGUUUGAUUCCGUGCGGCAUUGAUCAGGACCCGUAUUUCCGCAUAACUCGCGAUGUGGCACCGAAACUUGGCUUCUGCAAGCCAUCAUUGCUGCACUCCACUUUCAUCCCUUCGUUGCAAGGCGCCCAAACGAAAAUGAGUGCAAGUGACCCUCAUUCGUCAAUUUAUCUGACGGAUACUAACGCACAGAUAAAGAACAAGAUCAAUAAAUAUGCUUUCUCUGGUGGACAGCAAACGGUGGAAGAACAUCGCGCUAAAGGCGGCAACUGUGACGUGGACAUUUCGUAUCAGUACUUACGAUUUUUCGUGGAAGAUGAUGCAAAAUUGGAGCAAAUUCGUACCGACUAUAGUACUGGAAAGAUGUUAACCGGUGAACUGAAAAAGGAACUGAUAACCAUACUACAGACGUUGGUAACGGAGCACCAGCGUCGACGUGCAGCUGUCACACCGGAAGUGGUCAAGCAAUUUAUGACUCCACGGAAAUUGAAUUUCAAAGGAUAAAAGAUUUAAUUUGUUCUCUGUGGAUGUACCCAUAUUUAAUUUAUUGUUUUCUGCGAACAGGUUGUAAUACAGAGGCCAUAAUCUGCAUGUCAUGAAAGUUUUCUGUUUUUGCUUUUCAUGGAUUUUCUCGGUACUAAUGAGUUGGCAAAUAUCUAGUUUCUCCUGGAAACGUUUGGCUAAA